GAGACAUGAGUGUUGGACGCAGAAGAUUAAAGUUGCUGGGAAUUCUAAUGAUGGUAAACUUUUUUAUAUAUGUUAUCGUGGAAGUCUCAAAGAGCACGGGCCAAGAGAAGAAUUCAAAAGGACGUGUUGUAGUACCUCUCAAGAAGUUCUGGAGGAAAUAUACUCCUCCCAAGGCAUAUUGGAAUAAACAGCAGCAGAAGUUGGAUCGCGUCUACAAUCCCAUUUUGGCAUUGCUUUCCAAUAUGACUCCAGAAGAGAACUUGUCAUCUAAUGGUAGCUUCUUGAACACCUGUGAUCCUGAUCCAUUUGUUGCUUCAGAUGUUAGUGGCUUUCCAGAUUUGCCUGAUAGGUUUAAAGACUUUUUAUAUUAUCUGAGAUGUAGAAAUUAUUCGUUAUUAAUGGAUCAACCACACAAGUGCAAACACAAACCUUUUCUGCUUCUAGCGAUCAAAUCGCUCAUGCCACAUUUUGAUAGAAGACAGGCAAUUCGUGAAUCUUGGGGGAAAGAAAUUAAGUUUGGAGACGUAACUGUUGUGAGAGUCUUUCUAUUGGGCGAGACCCCUCCAGAGGAUAAUUAUCCGGACCUCUCAGGUAUGCUCAGAUUUGAGAGUGAAACCCACCAAGACAUUCUUCUGUGGAACUACAGAGAUACUUUCUUCAACUUGACUCUGAAAGAAGUCCUGUUCCUGAAAUGGGUCAGUAAUACCUGCCCAGGUGCCCAGUUUAUUUUUAAGGGAGAUGAUGACGUUUUUGUGAAUACCCAUCAGAUCCUGGAUUACUUGAAAAGUUUGACCAAGGAUAAAGCCAAAGACUUAUUUAUAGGUGAUGUGAUUAAAGAUGCUGGACCUCAUCGUGAAAAGAAACUGAAAUACUAUAUUCCAGAAAGUAUUUAUGAAGGCUCUUAUCCUCCAUAUGCAGGAGGCGGUGGGUUUCUCUAUUCUGGUGAUCUGGGUCUAAGGUUAGCCAAUGCAUCUGACCAGGUCCUUCUCUAUCCUAUAGAUGAUGUAUAUACUGGAAUGUGUCUUCAGAAGCUUGGGCUCGCUCCAGAAAAACACAAAGGCUUCAGGACAUUUGACAUUGAAGAGAAACAGAGGGAUAACAUUUGUUCCUACACAAAUCUGAUGCUAGUUCACAGCCGGAAACCUCAAGAAAUGAUUAAAAUUUGGACACGUUUGCAGGAUCCAAAUUUAAAUUGUUGAGCCUAAUGUAUGGGAGUGUGUUCUGUCCAAAAGCUCUUUCCAAAUUGGGUUUAAAC